AUGUUCCAGAGGUUGGUGUUCUCCUCGGAGGCCGCGGUGUCGUGCCAGCGCUCGCCGGAGGACCAGGUGACCAACACGCUGAUGCUGGAGCUGGGCGCCCUACUGAGGCGCACUGAGCGGCAGCCCCGGGACAGGGCCUCGCUGCUGAGCCACGGGAGCUCCUGGGUAGAGUACAGCUGGCUGGCUGACCCUCCCCGGCCCUCGUUUGUCUCAACCCCCGGGGAGCAGCUGGAGCUGAGAGACCUGUGGGCCAAGAUCCCUCCUUCCCAGUGUGGACCUGUCCUGCUGAAGACAAGGAAGUUGGUGACAGAGAUUGAGCCUGAGGUCAGCGAGGUGUCCCAUAUCCUCCGCUCCGUGCUGUGCGAGUGUCUGGAUGGCGUGGAGGAGGAGGUCAUGAGGAUGAGGGCUGCUCGCUGGGAACACCAACGCAGCAAGAGCCUCUCCUACAUCACCUUCCAGAGGCGCAUCAACCCCCUCUGGGACCUAAUGGUCAGCCCCGGGGGCACGGGGGGCUUGGAGGAGGACGAGACGGCGUCCGGGGAUGAGGAGGGGGGGAGGCGGCCGUGGGGGUGA